CAAGCUUGCGUCGCGUACCAACAAUGGAACCAGUUUAAGUAGCGUCCAUGCAGUUGUCGUUAUGAUCAGCUACAGAACGCUUUACGACAAAAUGGCGGCGCCCAUGGAAUCUCUUUGAGAGGAAGAAAUCGAAAUGAAAUUCUUCUUUUUAUUCAUGGUUUUUCUCUGGGCAGCUGAACCAGCUCAAGCCAACCGAUGCUCCAGGGAGAGCUCCAAGAUUGUACGCAAUGUGAUCAGAUUUAAACUAUGGGAUAUAUACAAGGAGAUUGACAGUCAGAUGCCAGAUUCAUGUCCCUUUUCCCUGCAGAGAGACAUCUACUAUGAACAGGAGCACCACAAAAUGAUGGAGUCCUACAACAAAUGGAAGUGUGAUUACUGUGGGAAAGCUUUCCUGGCUGAGCCCUUCAUUGACCGCCACUUUGACCGGAGACAUCCUGAUAGUAUCCAGCAGACUCCCUCCUCUGUGUGUCUCAGUGACUACUGUGAUGUCUACCGUUGUGAUGUGCUCUCCGGCCAUCGUACAGCAGACUUCUGGGAUAUCAAGCUGUGUAUUGAGGAUGAUAUUGUAGAGAUGAAGGACAAAUGCAGGGCAUAUAUGGCUCAGUGUAUUCCCAAGAAUUUAUCACAAAAUGUCACAAGAAAGUUAUCAGAUGAGUUGGAUGAGGCCGUCUGCUCCUACCUGACCUGCAGCAAGUACUGGGAUGUGCCAGUGGCCGGGUCGGAUGCUGCAACAGCAAUGUACAUCAUCAUGUCCAUCCUCAUCACCUUCAGCGUCCUCGUCUACUACUGCAUAUUCUACCAGUAUUUUUACACGGAUGCAUUUUCUGACAACAUAUCAUAUGAUCCAAUUAUUAAGAAUCAUCGAAGUUACAGCAUCAACUCUCCAAAAGGUGACAUCAGACAACGAUCUCAACAUGGUUUACCCUGAAAUAACAUUUGUGAAUGAACAUUGUGUGUCAAGGCCUUGAAAGCUCUACAGCAUGGUGUUUUCUUCCCUUCUUGACAGAUUGAACCAAGAUUGACAAACCGCCUUCAUCUCGAAUUAUUUAUUAUGGAUUUUUUUAAUAAAAAUAUAUACACAUGAA